AGUUCAGUGUUUCAGCACUGAGGAGCCUCAGCGGAGGUAGAGCGUUUCAGACUCAGUCAAAACAAAGUGCAGCAGCAGCAAACAGAAAAAGCUUCACAUGUGAACGAUUAAAAACGUAUUUACCAGCAGACAGAGGGCUGACCGGCGCCGGACCUGACGGGAUGCUGUGAGGAAGAACGCCCAGCGAUGGAGAUGAAGGACGGCAGCAGGCGGCCGCAGAUGCUCAGGAUGGACGACCAGGACAGAGUGAGCCAAGCGUCCAGUGUGGCUACGAUUUCUUACUUUCCUGUCAUUAAGGAAAGUGAUGGGAAGGUGCAGACGUUUGGGAAAAGAUGCCAGGCUGCUAAAAGAGACCCCAACUGUCCGGUGGUCAUCAGAGGCUGGCUCAACAAAAAGGACAGCUCUGGUCUGAAGCUGUGGAAGAGGCGGUGGUUCGUCCUCUCCAACUACUGUCUGUAUUACUACAAAGACAGCAGAGAAGAAACCGUGCUGGGAAGCAUCCCGCUGCCCAGCUACAAAAUCCUGUUCUGCACGCCGCGAGAAUGCAAGAACAGGAAGUUCACCUUCAAGGUGGUGCACCAGGGGAUGCGGUCAUAUUUCUUCAGCGCCGACACUCAGGAGGACAUGUUGGGUUGGGUUCGAGCCCUGAGCCAAUCAGCUGCGAUGGAGCCAGACACCACCAUGAACAGGCGUUGCUCGAGUUAUCAAGACUUUACGCAGCUUGGUGGCAGCAGUGAGUCCAUGGACUUCCCCAGAUCGCCCACUGAGGAGGAGAGUCCGGCGCAAAAACACAGGCAUGUCAGCAGAACCCUGAGCGAACCAGGUCAGCUCAGCGGGAGGGUGGGGAGGUCACAGUCGGAGCACCGGGGGAGACGGAGCGUGCAUUACCGGAACAGGAGCCCGUCGAACCGAACCCCCAGCCCUCCGGAUCCAAUCAGGAGAAGAACUGCUUCAAACAGGGAGGACGACUCUUACGAUGAAAACUCAGCGCAGGCGGCCAUCGUGGGGUCAGGUUCUUUGGGUUCGAGGGGACAGCUGGGCUCCCGGCCCCACACCCCGGUGGGAAGGGUCGACAUUCGACCCCACGAUGACCCCGUCACUGUGUACUACACACCUGCCUCCCCUAAGCUGGAGUUCAAGUCUGCUCCCACCACCCCGGUCACAGAGAGGUGGCAGAACCUCAGCAAGCCUGCCGCCUUAUACGGUUCUGUUCACCACACGCCAAGUGGGAGAAGACCUUUGGCUAAGAGCCACUCCACGGGGGCAGAUUUACUGCCCCCUUUGCCCCCUGCAGCGAGGGCAGCGCAUGUUUCCAACCCCUCAAAACAGCCCCGCCAGCUUCACGUGCCGGUCUCUGUGCUUCCGCAAGCUCUGGCGUCUAAAUCUGACCAGAGGGAUUUGCAGCCGAUACGGCCUCUUGAAAGUGAUGCAGAUGCCGUAUUGACGCGUCUGUGUGGGUGUGACAAGCUGCUGCAGUCUCUGUCUGUGGAGCUCACCCAGCUACAGAUGGAUAAGGACAGCGUCCAGUGUGCGCUGGAGGUGUCCAGGCUCCAGGUGGAGGAGUGGCGGAGCCAGGGGCCCCGGGCCCUGGAGGAGGCACUCACCCAGAAGGCUUUGCUGCAGGAGGAGUUGGUUACAAUCCGGGCCAGAGUGUGCGACGUCUCACUGGAAAUGGAGCGAGUGUGGAGUCAGUAUGAGAGGAUGGAGAGUGAGCUGUCUGUCAUCCAUUCACACCUUCAACACAUCUCCAACUUUGGAAUGCCACAGGAGCAGUGUCAGGCUCAGAGGGAGCUGUGGAUGAUGGAGGACAUCCUGGACGGGCUGAAGGUCAAUCGGGAUUAUUUCUGUUUCCUGCUGGGACUGCAGACACAUCACAUGUUCCAGUUUGUGCCUCCUGGACCUCCUGCUUCGCCCCCAGACGGGCUUCCAGUCGGACUGCCAGCACAUUCGGAUGUUUCCCCGGUGAGCGUUUCAUCAGUGUGUGACAAACGUCUGCAGGAUUUGGAGCAGGAGCCGCCGCUGCGCCCUCCGUUACCCCUGGAGCUCCAGGAGAGCCAGCAGGCUCAGGACCCGGGCCGUGUGUGGCCAGAGUCACCGUAUGAGAGAAUCUACGAGCAUCCUGCUGAUCCUGCCGACAGGAGAGGAAACAGCCAGCCUGACCUCCUUAAUGUGAAAGCACAGAGAGAUGCAACUGAAUCUCAGUCUGGUUCAAAGUGGAUCCCACCAGAAACAGCCAACCAGCCAACAAAGAAGAUGAAAAUGAAGAUGAGUGAGGCAGAGCAGAUUGAGAGGAUGAAGAGGAAUCAGGAGAGGUUGGCUAAUAAGAGGAAACCUCCAGUGGCGACUCCAGGACCCCAGAAUCAGAGUUCAGACACAAGACAGGAGGCGCCGUUUCCCUUGAGGGUGACCCGCGUUGUCACAGCUGUGCUGCCCUCCUCGCUCGUGGCCAGAAGAGUUUCUGUCGAGGAUCCUCCAGCUGAGCUCGACGCUCCGCUGCCCGAACAAAUCCUGCCGGAAACGCAGCAGAAACCGACGGAACCGAGCAAAAAACUCCUGAGCAAACCCGCCAGGGGGCUGCUUACCGACAGCCCCGACUCAAACCAGGCCGCCCGCGAGCCGCACCAGGAUCAGACUGCAAAAAAGGCCAGCAGGAAACACCCGUCGGCGUACAGGAGCUCCAGGAUGGAGCCGCUUUUAGAAGUGAGCAGAGGCGACGGAUCAGAGAGCCCGAGAAGUGAAGCUCAACACCUGACGGGGUCAGGAAGAGGUCAAGGCAGCGCAGACGUCAAGGCAGCUGAAGGGUCGUCGGCUGCUGACUUUGACCUGACUCCUGGUGUGAGCUCCGAGCAGCGCGAAGCCAAACUCCGACGAGUCGAACGGAUACGAGAAAGAGUGAUGAGAAGCGCAGCCAGAGAAAGUUCUACGACAGACAGUCAGCGUCCAAUCAGGAGGGAGAGGAAGGAAGUUCACCAGGCUCGUUCUGACUCGGCUGAAGGAAAAUGGCCGACAGCAGGAAGUCAUGGAUGUCUGGAUGAUUUAGGCAGAUCAGGAGAUCUUCAAGGUUCAACGUCUCAGAGUUGUCAUGAAGUUAAAUCUAAAAGUCGGGUCCAGACUGAGAACAGAGCACAGCACAGCGGGAGAGCAGAAGCUGCCAACAAUAAAAGCAGACGCUCAGCGUCUCCGUAUCACAUCUCAUCCAUGACCGUCUACCAAAACGACGGAGCCAAAGGAUUCAUAAGCUGCAACGAUGAAGAGCAGGAAAACCCCGAAGGACUCGCUGCAGAAGACAAAGAGGAGAAACUGAAGUCUUCCCACCUGAGGACAAAGUGGUUCCUGUCGACGAACCAGUGGCAGGGCUUCAUACCGCUGCAGAUGGAGCCGCUGUCUAUCGAGGAGAACGAGGAACCCGACGCCCAGCCGUGCUCUGAUGACGCCAACGACCUCAACGAGAUGUCGGCGACGGUGACCGAAAGCCUGCAGAAGAUGAAGGAGAACCACUCGCUCUUCUACAAGAUCGCCUGCGACAUCAGCAUCUCCGACUCAGACAUAAAGAGCGACGAUCAAACGUCCUGCAGACCAGAGGAGGAAGAAACGUUGGUCAUCGAAGAACCGGCGAGGACCGGCAAUGUUGGGACGCCGUCUCAUUUAGAGAGUUUGGAUGGAAAAGGUGCAGCAGCUGAAAAUAAAUCUCUGGAGUUAACGAGAGAAAUGCAGGACGAGACUCUGGUGGAUCCAACAUCGGAUCCAAGUGAACUAAGUCCAGCAGAGCAAUUCGGGCGGGAAGAUGAAGUAAAAGUUUCAGAAACGGGAGCUUGUGUCCCGGAGACGGAUUCUACUCAGGCACUGGAAGGCCACACAAAGACAGAGGAGAAACACCGUGUGAAGAAAGAGUCAGAAGAUCUGAACACAAAGCAAGAGGGAUGUGAGGAAACAAAGAAAUGUUCCAGAGGAAGUAAAGAGAAGAAGACGGAUGAGGAAAACCGAGGAAACAGACGCUCCAUCGGUGGAGCGACCGACUGUGAUGGAGGAAGAAUCAUCCGGAGCGCGUCCUUCGGAAAGCCGAGGGUUACGGUCCUCCGGACGAGUUUGUAGAUCCAAGAAAAGACACUGUCCCAUUCCGACCAACAACUUCAUGGCAUUUUAUUUGGAUUUUAUAUGACAGACCAACUCAAAAGAGGGUAUAAGUUUAAUUUUACAAACAGAAAUCUGAAUAUUUGACCCCAGAAACUUUUGGUACCUCUGGAAAACCUGCAGAGAUCCAGAGCUGAGAGGUGAAUCUGUUCACAGGACGACUUUUCAAACAAUUUAUGGAAGAGUGGUGAAAAGAAAGCCACAGGAAGUCCAAUUUCCUCUUGCUAAUGCACAAAAUGCUAGGAGUGGCAAAACACUAACACCUGGCCAUCCCUACAGUAAAACCAGGUGGAGGGAGCAUCAUGCUGUGUGGUGUUUUACUUUCAGUAGGUCAGAGGAAACCUGUCAGAUUAUAUGAAAGAACAGAAGCUGUUAAACAGAUUGGUUUCACUCAAAACACGUUAACAUGUUAGAAUGACCUAGUUAAAGUCCAAAAGAUUUUUGGUAAGAUUUGAAAAUUGAUGUUUAUGGGGGGGAGGGGGGGAUUUCUAAAUCAUGUAGUACUUUGAUUUGGUCUUUAUCUAAAAUCCCAAUAAAGCUGAAGCGUGAGGUUGCAGAAUGACUGAAAAAGUUCAGGGGGUGUGAAUACUUUUCACUGGAGAUGAUUGGACUGGGCCCAGCUGUGAGAACGUAUAACAGCAGAAUAAUGUAUAACCAUCAAUAAACUUGAAUGUUUUCAUUUUACAGAACAUAAAGGAGGAUGUUGGUUGAAAUCUGUCACCAGAAAUCUUAUUUAUUCAAGUGAAAUUGUGUUUUUUGCAACUAGACAGGUGCAGUCAAAUAUCCUAUUUAAAUGCUAACACCUCCAUUCCUUUUAAUGCAUGCGUCUAAUACUCACUGAAAUUAUAUUUGAUGGCUGUUUUUGUUGGCAACAUAAUCCUGUUUUUAUCGCUGUGAAAAGUGCUUUUUUUUUUGUAUCUCAGAUGUCCUGAAUAAUAACGACGAUAAUAAAGGAGCGUUGUUCACGCCGCGGCUCCGGCUGCUGUCAGAGCUUCA